AAAUGCCUCUGGCGAUGUUGAGUCGAACAAGCUUCUCGGAUGGCUCCAGACUGUUUCGAAAUCUUUGCUGUGACAAUCGCUAAGUUUUCUUUUCAACAGAUCUGUGCCUCCGAAUUCCUGCUCCGAAUUCCGUCGAGAGUUCAGGUCAUGGGUUCAGCUCGUUCAGUUCAGGUCAUGGAUUUUCUGCCAAGCCAAUCUAAUUAUACUGUUCAGUCCGUGUGGAAAACUUCUCCACUUUCCACUUGACGACGACGUUGUGCUAGACUUAAUAUUGAUUCCGCUUCCUGGAAUGAUUUUGCUGUUUAUUGUGUGCCCACAGAUUUAUGACCAGUCAAUAACAGUAUGGCGUCAUUCCCGGU